AAAGAUUUUUAAGACUUAUUUAUUAAAAAAAAUAAAAUACUCGUAAAAAAAUGUUUCCUAGUUUCCUCUAGCCUCACAGAUAAUGCUACCGGAGUUCCGGUAACCCGCCUCGGCGAAGUAGAAAAAUGCAAUGUUCAGUUCAUCAUACGCCGCGGUUCCUCCGCCUCCGCCACCUCAAGGCCAAGUGCUUCCACACCUCCAAAACCGCACCCCUCCUUUCCUUCUCCGACGGACCGGCAUCCUCCCAAAUCAUCAACAUCCGCAAAUCCCUCUUGUCCGGCGAGUCCUCCGCCGUGGAGAUAGCGCAGACCUUCCUCUCGCGCCUCCGCCGCACCGAACCCCAACUGAAGAGCUUCCUCCACGUCUCCGAUUCGGUGCUGAGGGAGGCCGGGGAGAUCGAUAGGAAGAUUGCAAACAAUGAGGAGGUCGGCCCGCUCGCUGGGGUUUUGGUUGCCGUCAAGGAUAAUAUCUGUACCUCUGAUAUGCCGUCAACUGCUGGGUCGAAGAUGUUGGAGAAUUAUCGGCCUCCCUUCGAUGCCACCGCCGUGAGGAAGGUGAGGGAAUGCGGCGGCAUUGUUGUGGGUAAGACCAACUUGGAUGAGUUUGGUAUGGGGAGUACUACCGAGGGCUCUGCUUAUCAGGUGACAUCAAAUCCCUGGGACUUGACGAGGGUGCCUGGAGGGUCAUCAGGGGGCUCAGCAGCAGCGGUUUCUGCGAGGCAGUGUGUGGUGUCCCUAGGAAGUGAUACAGGUGGGAGUGUUAGACAACCAGCAUCUUUCUGUGGUGUUGUUGGUCUCAAACCAACAUAUGGGCGUGUCUCAAGAUAUGGGCUUGUUGCUUACGCAUCUUCACUUGAUGUCAUUGGAUGCUUUGGCUCUUCAGUAGCUGAUGCAGGGAUUCUCCUCCACUUAAUUUCUGGUCAUGAUAAGUUUGAUGCAACAAGUAGCAAGCGAGAAGUCCAGGUCUUUACUUCCCAAAUUAUUUCUGAUGAUAAUCUGGAAUCAAAACCUCUAAAAGGAUUGAAAGUUGGCGUGAUUCGUGAAACAAUUGAAGAUGGGAUUGACCAUGAACUGAUUUCUUCAAUCGGUGCUGCUGCUAGACAUCUUGAAGAACUAGGGUGCACUGUGACAGAGGUCUCCUUGCCUCAUUUUUCUCUUGGGUUGCCAGCUUACUACAUACUUGCGUCAUCUGAAUCUUCUUCAAACUUGUCUCGAUACGAUUCUAUCAGGUAUGGGAAUCAAGCUGUUGCAGAUGAGCUUACUUCUCUUUAUGGAGAAUCUCGUGCUAAAGGCUUUGGUUCUGAGGUCAAGAUGAGAAUUCUAAUGGGAACAUAUGCACUGUCAGCUGGUUACUAUGAUGCAUACUACAAGAAAGCUCAGCAGGUGAGGACAUUGGUAAGGAACAGUUUUAGGGAAGCUCUAAACAAUAAUGAUAUCCUAAUUUCGCCAGCAGCACCAUCUGCAGCUUAUAAAAUUGGUGAAAAGAAGGAUGACCCAUUGGCAAUGUAUGCUGGUGAUAUCAUGACUGUUAAUGUUAACCUGGCUGGUCUCCCUGCAUUGGUUCUUCCCUGUGGAUUUGUUAAUGGUGGAUCUGCGGGGCGGCUUCCUGUUGGCAUUCAGAUGAUAGGUGCUGCAUUUGAUGAGGGAAAACUUCUCAGAGUGGGUCACAUCUUCGAACAAACACUCAAAGGAUGCAGUUUUAUCCCCCCUCUUGUGGCAGAUGAAUUUUUGGGCUCGUAAAAAAUUUUGUGUCGAGCCGGGUGGUCUCUUGAAAACAGUCUCUCUACUUUCAAAUUGGGGUAAGGUCUGCGCACACACACCCUCUCUUUGAACUCAACUGUUGUGAGGUUCUACGGGGUUUGUUAUUCUUCUUGAGACGAGGGGGAAAUAUCCCAGCUGGGAAGAAGCUUUGUGCAACAAUGGCUUCUAGGCAUGCCCUUCUCCCACCUCUUUUGGAGAGACAAUGGCAAGUUGAUGAGGUAUAUAGUGCUAAAUUGGAACCAAGAAUGGUAAUCCACCAGGUUUUUUUGUUAACUUCAGGCUAUGUUUUUGCAUAGAAUGGAAUGUAGUUGUGUACUUUGAGCCCAAUGGCCCAUGUUGAGAUUGAAUGCGUGUUAAAGUAAGGAUAAGGUCUACAUAUACUCACCCGCUUUGGACUUUUGUGCG